GGAGAGCGAGAGACCGAACGAGGAGACGCGAGGAGGAGGGAGGAGGAAGGGAGGGAGGGAGGUGGGGGGAGCGCGGAAUGAAAAGCUCCGAGGGGGGAAAAAGCAGCACAGCGAAGCCCAAGUUGCCGAGCGAACGGAGCGCUCCCGCGGCCCCGAGUCCAGCGGCCGCCGCACCCGGGAGCUCAGCCCGGCCCGGCCCCGCCCGCUCGGGGCCCCCGCCGGCCGAGGCCGCCGGGCGGGGGCGGGGACGACCAACUUGGGGCGCGGCGCAGCCCGGCUCUCCGGAGAGCAUCGAGCCUGGGAGCGCCACGGCAGCGGCCAGACGACCGGAGCGAAGCGCGGCGAGCGGAGGCGGCGAGCGGCGCCCGCGCCGCAGCCCCGGCCUCGCCGAGAGCGCGAAUAUUUUUCAAACGACUCAAACUUUCCUCCUUUCCCCGCUUUCUGGGGUCUCUCUUGGCUGGAAUUGCUCUCCUGAUUCCCGCGGGGGCGCCGGGGCGCGAUUCCUCCCCGGGGUUCCUCGGUGGCUCGGUUAACUUCGCGGACCUGGGGACCCGAGGCUCUCGCCCCUCGGCCGAACCCAGCCAGCGCUGCUCCGCCGCUCAGGAGGGCCGGGGGCCGGGGCUCCUUCGCCUCCGGGAGGGCGCCCAACCCGGCCCCCUUGGGUCGGGCUACUGAGACCCCAGCACCCGCCGCAGGACUGGUGACAGCGGAUUAACCCCGAGCGAAGCCCGGGCCUUCCCGUCCCCGCUCCGCGGAGGGGCGUCCCCCGGGCGGGGAAACGACAAGUUUGUCAGUCGUCGGUGGCCUGUUGGAUCGAAGCGCCCCCGCCGCCGCAGAGGGGUCCCUGACGCCCAGCACACGGAGCAGACAGCCCGGGGACCCCGGGCGCAGCGGCGGCCGGGCUCCUCGGGCCGGGGCGCUGGCUGCUGCGCCUGGCGCGCCAAGGCACCCGGGGCCGGGCCAGCGCCCCCUGCGUCCCCACGCGGGCAGCGGCCCCGCCAGAGGAGAAGCCCGGGUCGCCGCUGCCGCCUCCUCCGUCGCCUCUCGGGGGAAGGGGGGACGCAGGGGGCAUCGCGGGGCCCCGGCGGAUGCGCCCCCCGCCACCUCUCGGGCUGCGCCGCCUCGCGGGGAUGAAGCACCGGCCGUGAAGAUGGAGGUGACCUGCCUUCUACUUCUGGCGCUGAUCCCCUUCCACUGCCGGGGACAAGGAGUCUACGCUCCCGCCCAGGCUCAGAUUGUCCACGCUGGCCAGGCAUGUGUGGUGAAGGAGGACAACAUCAGCGAGCGUGUCUACACCAUCCGGGAGGGGGACACACUCGUGCUGCAGUGCCUCGUCACGGGGCACCCUCGGCCCCAGGUGCGCUGGACCAAGACUGCGGGCAGCGCCUCGGACAAGUUCCAGGAGACAUCGGUGUUCAACGAGACGCUGCGCAUCGAGCGCAUCGCGCGCACGCAGGGCGGCCGCUACUACUGCAAGGCGGAGAACGGCGUGGGCGUGCCCGCCAUCAAGUCUAUCCGCGUGGACGUGCAGUACCUGGACGAGCCCGUGCUGACGGUGCACCAGACGGUCAGCGAUGUUCGAGGCAAUUUCUACCAGGAGAAGACGGUGUUCCUGCGCUGCACUGUCAACUCCAACCCGCCUGCCCGCUUCAUCUGGAAGCGGGGCUCCGACACCCUGUCUCACAGCCAGGACAAUGGGGUCGACAUCUAUGAGCCCCUCUACACCCAGGGGGAGACCAAGGUCCUGAAGCUGAAGAACCUGCGGCCCCAGGACUAUGCCAGCUACACCUGCCAGGUGUCCGUACGCAACGUGUGUGGCAUCCCGGACAAGGCCAUCACCUUCCGGCUCACCAACACCACGGCACCACCAGCCCUGAAGCUGUCUGUGAAUGAAACUCUGGUGGUCAACCCGGGGGAGAAUGUGACAGUACAGUGUCUGCUGGCAGGCGGCGAUCCCUUACCCCAGCUGCAGUGGUCCCACGGGCCGGGCCCGCUGCCCCUGGGUGCUGUGGCCCAGAGUGGCACCCUCAGCAUCCCCUCAGUGCAGGCCCGGGACUCUGGCUACUACAACUGCACGGCCACCAACAAUGUGGGCAACCCUGCCAAGAAGACGGUCAACCUGCUGGUGCGAUCCAUGAAGAAUGCUACGUUCCAGAUCACCCCAGAUGUGAUCAAAGAGAGUGAGAACAUACAGCUGGGCCAGGACCUGAAGCUGUCGUGCCAUGUGGAUGCAGUACCCCAGGAGAAGGUGACCUACCAGUGGUUCAAGAACGGCAAGCCGGCACGCAUGUCCAAGAGGCUGCUGGUGACCCGAAAUGACCCUGAGUUGCCUGCCGUCACGAGCAGCCUAGAGCUCAUUGACCUGCACUUCAGCGACUAUGGCACCUACCUGUGUGUGGCUUCCUUCCCAGGAGCACCUGUGCCUGACCUCAGCGUCGAGGUCAACAUCUCCUCUGAGACAGUGCCUCCCACCAUCAGCGUGCCCAAGGGCAGGGCCGUGGUCACAGUGCGGGAGGGCUCGCCCGCCGAGCUGCAGUGUGAGGUUCGAGGCAAGCCGCGGCCGCCGGUGCUCUGGUCCCGCGUGGACAAGGAGGCUGCGCUGCUGCCCUCGGGGCUGCCCCUGGAGGAGACCCCGGACGGGAAGCUGCGACUGGAGCACGUGAGCCGCGACAUGGGUGGGACCUACCGCUGCCAGACGGCUCGGUAUAAUGGCUUCAACGUGCGCCCCCGCGAGGCCCAGGUGCAGCUGAACGUGCAGUUCCCGCCGGAGGUGGAGCCCAGCUCGCAGGAUGUGCGCGAAGCGCUGGGCCGGCCGGUGCUGCUGCGCUGCUCGCUGCUGCGGGGCAGCCCCCAGCGUAUCGCCUCGGCCGUGUGGCGCUUCAAAGGGCAGCUGCUGCCUCCGCCGCCCGCUGUCCCCUUAGCCGCCGAGGCUCCCGACCACUCCGAACUGCGCCUCGACGCCGUCACCCGCGACAGCAGCGGCAGCUACGAGUGCAGCAUCUCGAACGACGUUGGCUCGGCUACCUGCCUCUUUCAGGUCUCGGCCAAAGCCUACAGCCCGGAGUUUUACUUCGACACCCCCAACCCCACCCGCAGCCACAAGCUGUCCAAGAACUACUCCUAUGUGCUGCAGUGGACCCAGAGGGAGCCCGAUGCUGUCGACCCCCUGCUCAACUACAGACUCAGUGUCCGCCAGUUGAAUCAGCACAAUGCCAUGGUGAAGGCCAUCCCAGUGCGGCGCGUGGAGAAGGGGCAGCUGCUGGAGUACAUCCUGACUGACCUCCGUGUGCCCCACAGCUACGAGGUCCGCCUCACACCCUACACCACCUUUGGGGCUGGUGACAUGGCCUCCCGCAUCAUCCACUACACAGAGCCCAUCAACUCUCCCAACCUGUCAGACAACACCUGCCACUUUGAAGAUGAGAAGAUCUGUGGCUACACCCAGGACCUGACAGACAACUUUGACUGGACACGGCAGAAUGCCCUCACCCAGAAUCCCAAGCGCUCCCCCAACACUGGUCCUCCCACUGACAUCAGUGGCACCCCUGAGGGCUACUACAUGUUCAUCGAGACAUCAAGGCCCCGGGAGCUGGGGGACCGAGCCCGUUUGGUGAGUCCCUUGUACAAUGCCAGCGCUAAGUUCUACUGCGUCUCCUUUUUCUACCACAUGUACGGGAAGCACAUCGGCUCCCUCAACCUCCUGGUGCGGUCCCGGAACAAAGGGGGCCUGGACACGCACGCCUGGUCCCUCAGUGGCAAUAAGGGCAAUGUGUGGCAGCAGGUGCAUGUGCCCAUCAACCCCAGCGGGCCCUUCCAGAUUAUUUUUGAGGGCGUUCGAGGCUCUGGCUACCUGGGGGAUAUCGCCAUAGAUGAUGUCACACUGAAGAAGGGAGAGUGUCCCCGGAAGCAGAUGGAUCCCAAUAAAGUGGUGGUGAUGCCGGGCAGUGGAGCCCCCCGCCAGCCCCACCCACAGCUCUGGGGGCCCAUGGUCAUCUUCCUCUUGGCAUUGCAGAGAUGAUGAGAGCUGCGUGGCCCCCCCACCCCGCCCCCGGCACACCAAAGUGUCCACAUCGUACCAAAGACUGACCUCCGCCAGCCGGGGUGCCCAGGGGCAGGGCCGGCCCGCCAGGGAGGGGGCCUGCGUUGGCUGCGAGGAUGAGCAGAGAAACAAGGACAGAGGCCCGGCGCUGAGGCCCUGGAGCCGGUCGUUUGACACAUGCACACACGCACACACGCACACACUCACACGCACACACACACAUAUAUUAAAGCACAAGUUUCUAUCCGACCGGCCAGCACCUUCUUUUCUGCGGAGACAAGGGACUCGCCGGAAUGGUGUCUACCACCCCAGGGACCUUGGCGCCACAUGGGCGUUGUCCUGGCUGCACCUGUUCCUAACUGGUGACCUUCCCUCGUUCCUAACUCAGUCCAGUGGCUUUACCAGACGGGAGCCAGAAGGGGAGCCGGUUCGGGAGCCCCAACCUUGGCUGGAUUCUGGGACUCCCUGGGAUGAGGGAGGCUGGGGUCAAAGGAGG